CUGCUGGCUGCGCGGUGGCGGCGGCUGUGUGUACGCCGCGCCUCGCCGCUCCCCCCGGCCCCCCGAGCCCGGGGCGCGCGCUCCCGCCCGGGCCGCCCGGGCCCCGCGGCGCCGCGGCCCGAGGCCCCGGGAAGCGCAGCCAUGGCCCUGCGGAGGCUGGGGGCCGCGCUGCUGCUGCUGCCGCUGCUCGCCGCCGUGGAAGAAACCCUGAUGGACUCCACCACAGCGACGGCUGAGCUGGGAUGGAUGGUGCACCCUCCGUCAGGGUGGGAAGAAGUGAGUGGCUAUGACGAGAACAUGAACACCAUCCGCACCUACCAGGUGUGCAACGUGUUUGAGUCGAGCCAGAACAACUGGCUGCGGACCAAGUUCAUCCGGCGCCGCGGCGCCCACCGCAUCCACGUGGAGAUGAAGUUCUCAGUGCGUGACUGCAGCAGCAUCCCCAGCGUGCCCGGCUCCUGCAAGGAGACCUUCAACCUCUACUACUACGAGGCCGACUUCGACUCGGCCACCAAGACCUUCCCCAACUGGAUGGAGAACCCGUGGGUGAAGGUGGACACCAUUGCCGCCGACGAGAGCUUCUCGCAGGUGGACCUGGGCGGCCGGGUCAUGAAAAUCAACACGGAGGUGCGGAGCUUCGGACCCGUGUCCCGCGCUGGCUUCUACCUGGCCUUCCAGGACUACGGCGGCUGCAUGUCCCUCAUCGCCGUGCGCGUCUUCUACCGCAAGUGCCCCCGUGUCAUCCAGAACGGCGCCGUCUUCCAGGAGACGCUGUCGGGGGCUGAGAGCACGUCCCUGGUGGCCGCCCGGGGCAGCUGCAUCGCCAACGCCGAGGAGGUGGACGUGCCCAUCAAGCUGUACUGUAACGGGGACGGCGAGUGGCUGGUGCCCAUCGGACGCUGCAUGUGCAAGGCGGGCUUCGAGGCCGUGGAGAACGGCACCGUCUGCCGAGCCUGCCCAUCCGGAACCUUCAAGGCCAACCAAGGGGACGAGGCCUGCACCCACUGCCCCAUCAACAGCCGGACCACUUCAGAAGGGGCCACCAACUGCGUCUGCCGCAACGGCUACUACAGAGCAGACCUGGACCCCCUGGACAUGCCCUGCACGACCAUCCCCUCGGCCCCGCAGGCCGUCAUCUCCAGCGUCAACGAGACCUCGCUCAUGCUGGAGUGGACUCCGCCACGCGACUCCGGCGGCCGCGAGGACCUCGUGUACAACAUCAUCUGCAAGAGCUGCGGCUCAGGCCGGGGCGCCUGCACCCGCUGCGGGGACAACGUGCAGUACGCGCCGCGCCAGCUCGGCCUCACCGAGCCGCGCAUCUACAUCAGCGACCUGCUGGCCCACACCCAGUACACCUUCGAGAUCCAGGCCGUGAACGGCGUCACCGACCAGAGCCCCUUCUCCCCGCAGUUCGCCUCCGUGAACAUCACCACGAACCAAGCAGCUCCAUCAGCCGUCUCCAUCAUGCACCAGGUGAGCCGCACCGUGGACAGCAUCACCUUGUCGUGGUCCCAGCCGGACCAGCCCAACGGCGUGAUCCUGGACUAUGAGCUGCAGUACUAUGAGAAGGAGCUCAGUGAGUUCAACGCCACAGCCAUAAAAAGCCCCACCAACACGGUCACUGUGCAAGGCCUCAAAGCCGGCGCCAUCUAUGUCUUCCAGGUGCGGGCUCGCACCGUGGCAGGCUACGGGCGCUACAGCGGCAAGAUGUACUUCCAGACCAUGACGGAAGCUGAGUACCAGACGAGCAUCCAGGAGAAGCUGCCCCUCAUCAUCGGCUCCUCGGCCGCCGGCCUGGUCUUCCUCAUCGCUGUGGUUGUCAUAGCCAUCGUGUGCAACAGAAGACGGGGGUUUGAACGCGCCGACUCGGAGUACACGGACAAGCUGCAGCACUACACCAGCGGCCACAAGGGGCGGGCUUCUGCCUUCCCAUGUGACUCAGGAUGGGUCAGCCCAUGUGACCGAGCCUGGUCUUGUCCCCCAGUGACCCCAGGCAUGAAGAUCUACAUCGACCCUUUCACUUAUGAGGACCCCAACGAGGCAGUGCGGGAAUUCGCCAAGGAAAUCGACAUCUCCUGUGUCAAAAUUGAGCAGGUGAUCGGAGCAGGGGAAUUUGGCGAGGUCUGCAGUGGCCACCUGAAGCUGCCAGGCAAGAGAGAGAUCUUUGUGGCCAUCAAGACGCUCAAGUCCGGCUACACAGAGAAGCAGCGCCGGGACUUCCUGAGCGAGGCCUCCAUCAUGGGCCAGUUUGACCACCCCAACGUCAUCCACCUGGAGGGCGUCGUCACCAAGAGCACACCCGUGAUGAUCAUCACUGAGUUCAUGGAGAACGGCUCGCUGGACUCCUUCCUCCGGCAAAACGACGGGCAGUUCACGGUCAUCCAGCUGGUGGGCAUGCUGCGGGGCAUCGCGGCCGGCAUGAAGUACCUGGCCGACAUGAACUACGUGCACCGCGACCUGGCCGCCCGCAACAUCCUGGUCAACAGCAACCUGGUGUGCAAGGUCUCUGACUUCGGCCUCUCCCGCUUCCUGGAGGACGACACGUCGGACCCCACCUAUACCAGCGCCCUGGGUGGGAAGAUCCCGAUCCGCUGGACGGCCCCGGAAGCCAUCCAAUACCGGAAGUUCACCUCAGCCAGCGACGUGUGGAGCUACGGUAUCGUCAUGUGGGAGGUGAUGUCCUAUGGGGAGCGGCCCUACUGGGACAUGACCAAUCAGGACGUGAUCAAUGCCAUCGAGCAGGACUACCGGCUGCCGCCGCCCAUGGACUGCCCGAGCGCCCUGCACCAGCUCAUGCUGGACUGCUGGCAGAAGGACCGUAACCACCGGCCCAAGUUCGGCCAGAUCGUCAACACGCUGGACAAGAUGAUCCGCAACCCCAACAGCCUCAAAGCCAUGGCACCCCUCUCCUCCGGGAUCAACCUGCCGCUGCUGGACCGCACGGUCCCCGACUACAGCAGCUUUAACACGGUGGACGAGUGGCUGGAGGCCAUCAAGAUGGGGCAGUACAAGGAGAGCUUCGCCAACGCCGGCUUCACCUCCUUCGAUGUCGUGUCGCAGAUGAUGAUGGAGGACAUUCUCCGGGUGGGGGUCACGCUUGCUGGCCACCAGAAAAAAAUCCUCAACAGCAUCCAGGUGAUGCGGGCCCAGAUGAACCAAAUUCAGUCUGUGGAGGUCUGACGGUCACCACCUCGGCGCACCUGUUCCUCCAGGCCCCGCCCCCUCCACCCCACACGCCGCCGGCCCCCCUGGCGCUCCGUCCACUGCAGGGUCCGCCACCUGCCAGGAGGCCGCCGGCAACGGGAAGGACCAAGCAGCGCUGCAGCCACGAGACGUCCCCGAGAACACGCGCGACUCGGACGAUGGAAAUAAGGGAAUCGGAAAAAAAAAAUUAAAAGGAAAUAGGUCCUGGAGGGGCGGGACACGCAAGGACUAUUUUUUAAAGCGGAUUCUCAUCAGGAAAGCGAUGACCGUUCUUGGAGAAAGCGUACAAGGGCUUGGGGGGUGCACGCAGUCUGUCCAGCCGGAGACCAGCAGUUUCUCUCCGUCUCCCUCUG